AUGUUUGAAGCACGAGAUGACUACGAGAACCUAGAACGUAGAGAAGCAAGAGAAUCAUCGUUGUUUGUUGAGGGUUUUGGUUCAAGUGUAGCUAAAUGUCAGUGUCAGAGAAUUGAAGAUUUUUCAGUUUCAAACUACAUCAAUCUGUUAGUCCCGUCUAUCCAACUUAUAGUAUUGUGA